CGUAGUUAGGGGGUGUUGCAGACCUUGGUUUGCGCCAUGAGGGCCAUGCUCCCUUCGAAGGGUUAUCUUUUCUUGUGGCUUGGGCAUCUUGGGCCCUUUCUGACGAUGUCAGCUGGAGCCACAUGCUUGUCACAGGCGAUCCCAGAAGAGUUGCGGAAACAUGUGGGGACUACUGAAAAGUACCCCUUGGGCAUUUGGGCAAAUGAUUGGGCGGCGGGUCACUUAACCUCCGACGUCGUUCAGAUCAUCAUUCAGGAGAUCCUGGGCUUUCAUGCUGUUCGAACUGGUCCCGGACCAGGAACCGUUGAUGGUUUUUUUGCACUGGUCGGGUGUGAAACACCAACCAGUUUCAGUGAUCGUGGAUGUGGUGAGGGGCCAACUACGACACGCAACCACAUUGUGGUGGAGGGCUGGACGGAGUCUUAUAUGCCAACAUGGCUGAAGAUCCAACAAGACUACCCUGACACCGCCCCGAAGAAUCUGGGAAAUAUGGGUUAUUUCGGAAAGACCUCCAUGUACUUGAGUUCAGAGGUGCAGAAACGUGCCUGGGAGGCAGAAGGGUUGAAUCUGGAGUUCUACAGGGGUUACAACGUCUCCUGGCACAACGCUGCAGCGUACUUUGACCCCCCGUCGUCUCUAAACCUCACCCAUCUGAAGCCCUGCACAGAGACUCGCCUUGUGGUCUCAGAGGCCAUGGAGUUUUACGCAGAGCUCACGGGUGAUUCUGCUGGCAUUGAACGAGUGGACGGACAGGUGAGAGGAAAGUGCUGGGACGGAUAUUUUUGGUAUCCGCCUUCCUGCCGCAACAGUCCCUCACAGUGCUUGCCGUUCUUGACGGCCGGCACCGGCUGGAACCUGGAAGAAACGAUGCAGAAGGCAACAGCAUGGAACAUGCAGGUGGCUCCCGUGGUCGCUGCCACUUGGAAAGCCUUCACUGAUUUUCCCUCUCAACGGGACAUGACUUUCUACUGGUGGGUUCCAGAUCCGACGUUCCUUCACUUAUCACCGGUGGAGAUCACCUUCCCCGCCUUCGAUCGCGCGGCGCACAGCCGUGGGGACAAACGAACCGCACCCAGCUCCAUUUCCAUCGACAAGUACGUCAGCAAGGACCUCGCAGUUUUGGCUCCAGAGGUCGAAGAGUUUCUGAAGGCUUUCAGGAUCGAGAUGCAAAUGGUGAACAAGAUGCUGUUGGAUCAGAUUGAGACGAAAGACAACUCAUCAGAGGUGGCCUGUCGCUGGGUGAAUGCCAAUGAGAAUCUGUGGAAAUCAUGGCUGCCAGAUGUGACCCAAUGCUAUGCCGGCUUCGGUUUGUACCAUGAGGCCACCAAUCAGUAUGUAGCAGAUCGCAAGGAUCCCAGCGGCUUGAUGUGCAAGGCG